AAUUAUGUAAAAUGAGCCAACCAUUGUAAGGUGUCCCCUCCAGCAGCUAGGUUCUGCGCGCUGCUGACUUGUUGCCUGGGGAAAUGUGGCGUGGCCACCUGUUAACCCUGAGCUUGCUGAGACGGGCGAAGGAGGAGAAAACGUGUUUGCCUCCCGCUCGUCACGGGGGAGUUCGUGGAUAAACGUAGGGACCAGGCCACCGGCGUUUAUGACCCAUGGGACUUAUCCCCGGGGCAGGACUCACUAUACCUAUGAGCUGCUCUGGGGGCAAAGCAGGGUUGGGGAGGAAAGAGCUCUUUACACUCUAGCUUGAGACUUUCCUUCUUGUAAAACUUUAGAAACAGAUUUCCUGACAUCGUACCGUAGCCGCUGACCACACAUCUCAUCUCUGGACUCGUUUUUGUUUUUUUUUUUUUUAAAGGGCUUUUUUUCAGGUUGAUCUAGUGAAAAGCUGAAGAUCCAGCCAUAGAUUUAUUUUCUCUAACAUCUUCAAUGAGUCCCUUCUAUCUAUUGAUAACCUUUGAGAGCAGGACUGAAAAAUAGUUUGUUGCUAUGCUUUUACAGGACAAGCUCAGGUGGCCUUUAGUUCUGUUUUUGUUACAAUUUAUUGUUUACUUGACAAUAGGAGCCAUAAAAUAAUUUUGCAAUAAUUUAUAUUACUAGACUUACACACUAAUCCAAGGCGUUGACUGAAAGAAAAAUGCACAACAGGAGAGUUGUGAGUUGUUUUAUUCAGGGUGUUAACUGAGGACUAUAGCCCCGGAGGCAGCCUUCAGAUAGCUCUGAAGAAACUGCUCCAAAGAGGUCGUGGAGGAGACUAGUUUACAUGUGAUUCUUUUGUUGUUAGGGAGUACAUGCAGUCGGCAUACAGGUGAAAGGUAAAAGAUCACCGCUAGUCACAAAGAAAAAGUAACUGAAGUUAAUGACUGUGGUGCUCUUCUAUGUAUGGAAAGAUGCAAGAAGCCGGAUUCAUUCAAAUUCUUCAAAAUACAUCUGUCUAAAGGCCAGUUUGUACAAAGCACAGAGCAUGCCGUUAGCCUCUUCAGUUUCCUCUGUCUGAGGCACAGAGUGCUUCAUCCAGUUGUCACCUUCAUCUCUUCGUCUGAAGCACCGAAUGCACUGUUGGUCAGCGACCACAGCAGGUUAACCUUUGAAGACUUGGAUGGAACCUCUGCUGGAAGCUUGUUCCUGAUUGGUGAACGCCUGCUGUAACAGUAGAAUUCCAAAGAGUAAACAGAAAAGCAUAGCAACCACGGCGUUGGCUGUCUCACUCCCCUCAGCCUAGGCCACCCUGAACUCCUUCAUCCCAAAUGAGGGGGCCUCUACAUUUUAUCUGAAGGCUCUGAUUCUCCAUUCAGCUGUGAUCCACCUUGUAACAUGGCAAUCCACUACAGACGAGAAGAUAAAACUGAACAGCACAGCUGAAAUAAAGUGUAUUCCCAGAAUACCUAUUGUGGAAACAGGAUGAAGUUGACCAGUGAAAAGUUGCCCAAGAACCCCUUUUAUGCCUCUCAAUCCCACUAUGCUGCUAAGAACCCAAAACUCUUCCAGUGGAGAAAGGAAAAGACUGAUCAUUACAGCCAUGCUGAUUUGGUGGAAAAGGCAUUGCAGCUCUUGAAGGAAAGAAUAAGAAGAGGGGAUGCUCUGGCAUAUUUCCUACAAGGUCAACUGUAUUUUGAAGAGGGCUGGUAUGAAGAAGCGUUAGAACAGUUUGAAGAGAUCAAGGAGAAGGACUAUCAGGCUACUUACCAGCUAGGAGUAAUGUAUUACGAUGGCCUGGGGACGACCACAGAUGCUGAAAAAGGAGUGGAAUAUAUGAAGAAAAUUAUUGAUUCUCCAUGUCCCAAAGCAAGACACUUAAAAUUUGCAGCAGCUUACAACCUUGGAAGAGCUUAUUAUGAAGGAAAAGGCGUUAAACGAUCGGAUGAGGAAGCCGAAAGACUGUGGCUUUUUGCUGCUGACAAUGGAAAUCCAAAAGCUAGUGUGAAGGCUCAAAGUAUCCUAGGAUUGUAUUAUUCAACAAAGGAGCCCAAAGAGUUAGAGAAGGCAUUUUAUUGGCAUUCAGAAGCUUGCGGCAAUGGAAACCUGGAGUCCCAGGGUGCACUCGGGCUCAUGUACUUGUACGGACAAGGCACCCGUCAGGAUACCGAGGCCGCGCUGUGCUGCCUGCGGGAGGCGGCAGAGAGGGGCAACGUCUACGCUCAAGGGAGUCUCGUGGAGUAUUACUAUAAGGUGAAAUUCUUCACCAAGUGUGUCGUGUUUUCCAAAAGGAUUGCUGACUACGAUGAGGUUCACGACAUCCCUAUGAUAGCGCAGGUCACAGACUGCCUCCCGGAAUUCAUCAGCAGAGGCAUGGCCAUGGCCUCUUUCUACCACGCGCGGUGUCUGCAGCUUGGCUUGGGUAUCACAAAGGAUGAAGCGACAGCUAAACACUAUUAUUCUAAAGCUUGUCAUCUGAAUCCUGCAUUGGCAGAUGAACUUCAUGCUUUACUUAUUCGUCAGAGAAUUUAGACCACAGUGCAUUUCUAACACCUUAGAAUGUGUGUAUUUUUAUAAUAGCUAUGUUUGUUUUCUGCUUCGCAAGUUACAUUAUCCUGGGUAUUGUACUGAUGACAUGUUACCUUCACUCUUUAAUUUGUAUCAUGCUGCAACUUGAAACCGAGCUACGAGAUCGAAUUGCAGGAAAAGGACUCAAAGAUCUGGCUCUUGGCCAAGAGACUGGCUGAGAUCAUGUCAAAUAUUUGAAAACUAUUCCAUAAAGCAAGUAUUUUUUUCUGUUCUUAGUGUCCUUAAAGACAGUGCAGUAUAAAUGCUACAAAC